AUGGUGCUGGAUGUCGUGGACGGUCUCGAGCUCACGAUUCAGAUCAAUAACGUCGGCGGUGCCGGCAGCGCGGGCGGUGGUGCGCGGCGGCGUGCGUGGGCGACCGUCGCGCAGAGGUCGGCAUCGGAGCUGGACGCGCUGAUCAACCUCAACGCUCGAUUCAUGCCGCAGAUGACGAGGGUGUUGAUCCCGGUGCUGGCCCGGGGACGGGGCAACAAGGAUCUGCUGAUGCGGCAGAGGAGGCGGCGGCACAGGGCGGCAAUCGUCAACGCGUAUGUCUCGCGGUGGAGUAGCUCGCUAGAUGCGGAGCUACGAGGCGAGGGACUCGAGAUUGAUGUCCACUCUCUGAUCGUGGGAGCUGUGGCCACGCCGAACGCGGGCCACGAUGGAUCGAUGGCGGGCUUGUUCUGUCCCGACGCUGAGACUUUUGCCACAAAGGCGUUGGCCAAGCUAGGCUGCGGGCAUGUGGUUUGUACGCCGUACUGGCCGCAUGGGUUGCAGGUUGGGGUUAUGGCUUGUUUGCCAGAGUGGCUGGGGGCCAAGUUCAUGCGCGAUACGGCGAGGCAGGCGCUGGCGAGGAUGGAGAAGGCGCAGUAA